AUGAAAGUGUUCAUCGUACUAACAGCAAUCACUGCGUUAGCGAGUGCAGAAAAUUUCAAAUGCCCUGCAAAAGACGGCCAAUAUGAAGAUCCCGUCCAGUGCGACAAGUUCUAUGAAUGUCGCGAUGGUAUUGCGACCACUAAGCUGUGCCCCGACGGUCUAAUGUUCGACCCCACUAUCAGGAAGAUUAACAAGUGUGACCAGCCCUUCAACGUCGACUGCGGUGACAGGAAUGAACUUCAACCUGCCAAGGCCAACACCCAAUGCCCCCGCCGCAACGGUUUCUUCGCUCACCCUGACCCGAGUGUGUGCAACAUCUUCUACAACUGCAUUGAAGGAGAGCCUGUUGAGGUCAAAUGUACCGCUGGACUCCACUUCGACGAAUACUCUGGCACUUGCGUGUGGCCCGACACUGUAGGCAGACAGGGAUGCCAAGCCCAGGAUAAAAAAACCAAGGAUGGUUUCGAAUGCCCCAAGGAACAGCAAGUAAAUCAACAAGGCCAGAUUGUCGCCCACCCUAAGUUUGCCCACCCUACUGACUGCCAACGGUUCUACGUAUGCCUAAACGGCGCCGAGCCCCGUGACCUUGGUUGCAUGGUCGGAGAGGUCUACAAUGAGGAGACACAGAGGUGUGAUGCGCCCGAGAAUGUGCGCGGAUGCGAGGACUGGUACAAAGACUCAGAGGAGGCCGCGCCCGCGCUCAAAUCGAGAAAUUAA